AUGGAUUCUGGAAGUUUGGUGGAUGCUCUCUGGAGGCUUUCUACUAGUUGGCUAGAAAGCCCUACGGGGCCAGGUACCAACAAUCCCAAUCAGCAGUUAGUUCUGGCAAGUGCAUCCUUUGACUCAACAAUUAAGCUUUGGGAGGUGGAGCAUGGGAAUCUUCUCUAUAGCUUAAACGGUCACAGGGACCCUGUAUAUUCUGUUUCGUUUAGCCCAAACGGGGAGUAUUUGGCGAGUGGAUCUCUAGAUAAAUGCAUGAACAUCUGGUCAACUCGAGAUGGGAAGCUUGUAAAAACGUACACCGGUAAUGGUGGCAUAUUUGAAGUCUGCUGGAACAAAGAAGGUGACAAAAUCGCUGCCUGUUUUGCCAACAACACUGUCUGUGUGAUGGAUUUCAGAAUGUAGUGAGCUUAACUUCUCCAGGAGUGCCAUUGUGAUGCAUUUGCUGAAUGGUGGCAAUCAUAUAUUGUGUGAAAUGCAUUCAUGAAUCGUUAUGAAGAAGUUAAGCUAGACCAGCUCUGGUAUGCUAAUUGCCUCACUGUUUUAAUGUUUCCAUUAACUUUUUGGUUCAUGCUCAAAUAUUCUAAUUCUCAUGAAUGAUCAGACUUGCUUUCCACAGUAGAAAUGCCAGAAGCUGAUUCUGACCACCAGUACAGCUUAAUAUUUUUAACAGUAGAUAGAUCUGAACCUGUUUAGAUGAA